AUGGAGAAAAGCAGUAAUAGUUUAGUUGGUUUGAAUAUUGAGGAUUCGACAGUUCACAAUCAAACUCCAAGGAAAUUAUCAGAUCAGUCGCAAAAUGAUAUGAAUAGUAGCUUGAUAUUUGGGAAUGAGAUCACUUCUAAAAGUAUUGAAACACAAAAUGAUAACAUAGAGGAGAAACCACUUGGUUUUGGAAAUAGAUCAAACGAAAAUAUUAUUCGUAAACAAACAUUGGUUAAAGUAGCUCCAACGCAGAAUGAUACUACGUUUGAACUAUUACAAAACCCGAACGAUACUCCAUUUCUUUCUAAACUAAAAGAUCCUUUUGAGGACACAUAUAAUGAAUCAUUGCAGAAACUAAGUAUAGACACUCCUUUGAAUAAAAAAAUUGGUUCUCAAUUUGAUGACUCCAAUCCACUACAAAUUAAAUUAACUCAGAAAUAUAAUUUUGAGACUCUUCGUAACGAAGCUGAUAAUUCAUGUCUAGAGUAUGAAACCCAAGGGAAUGAGACAAUAAUUGGUAAUGAUACGAAUGUAAUUUCUAACGAUGCUGAUACGCAAGUAAUUAAUAAUAUGCCAGAGUAUGAUUCUUUGAAAUUUGCAGCGAAUGCAAAUAAACUUAGUAAAUCGAAUGAUUUUAUAUUCAAUGAAGAAACACAGGUUGAUCCUAAUAAACAUAAAUAUCAUCUUGAAACCGAUACACAAAUAAUUAAUCAGAAGUUGGACGAUACACAGGUGAUAUCUCCUCCUUCUCAAAAAGAUUACAAUAUAGCAACAACCAGACUAGAAGCAAAUGAUGGCAACGUAACUUCGUCUAGUCCUCAAAAUGCGAUACAAAUACCCAGUACAAUAGAAAAGCUCCCAUUAUCUAGGCCACAAGUCGUGAAUACCCAAGAAGAAGAGCCCGAUAGCACUCCUAGUAACAGGAAAGUUGACCUUUCUACCCGACCUGUAUACUCUAGUAGUCAAAGACUGGCAGAAGAGGAGGAAGAAGUAAGGACUGAUGAUGAAAAGGAUAAGGAUAGAAUAAAUCCACAAGAAUUAUACUAUGACGAUAGUUUAUUGACACACCAUCUAAGGCGUAAGAGAAGUCUAUCUAAUCCCGAAAGUAGCAGUGAAAAAAUAAUCAAGGUUUCACCGAAUAAAGAUAUCAAUGAAAAUCUGGAUAAUGUAGCGCCGCUUAAUAACAUGUCUAAGACUCCAUUAUCGCUAAAAAGUAAGCAUCAUAAUCAAGUUGCUUUUUCGCCUACCGAGAUUGAUGAAUCGUCCCCAGGUAUCAAAAGGGCAGAUAUUUUGGGAUUUCCAAGCAAAUCAUCACCUCAAAAUGAUAACAUCGCCUCUAAUGCCAAUGAUGGUGAAAUAAAUGAGAUAUCAACUCAACCAAAUCUACCCUCUUCACCUACAAAGGAACGAUCAAGAUUAGAAAUGGAGAUGAAAUUUUCAAAAGUAAGGCGUAAUGAAUUGAAGCACGCUGUGAAAGAACGUGAAAUAAAUUCAGAAGACAACAGCUCUGAAUUGGAAGAUAUUGACUUAGAGCAUUUCGAUAAUAAUGAUUCAGCACCUAGUAUUAAACGAAAAUGCAGAUCCAUAACAGUCUCAUCGUCGCAGUCUCAAGAUGAAUUGCAUGUUCACAAAGAUUCAAGCCAGGUUACUGCUAUGGAUAUAGAAGUGGAUGAUCAAAAGCGAGAGAAAAAUGUAUUAGGUAAUGUGCUAAUAGAAGAGACCCUGAACGUUCUCACACAAACUGAUAUUUAUUAUAUGGAAAGCGUUUGGGUAUCAUUCAAAUUUAAUAUGUAUACAGGCAAAAUAACCCGGGUUGGGCAUGAAAAUCUGAUAGUAGAAUUUGAAGAAGGGAGUUAUUCCAUUAAGAAUUCAGACUUAUAUUUGCUUGACAUCAGAAUUGGCGAUAAACUUAGAACAAGAUCAUCAAAAUACAAAUUUGUUGUUACAGGAUUGACUUACCGUGAGAAUGGGGAUAACAUUAAAUGUAUUCGAGGAUAUAAUAUAGUAUCUUUAAGAAGACUAUCGAAAGCUAAAGGUAAGAAAUUCGAAGAGCUAGAGACAAACUUAUCAGAAUGUUAUAUGGAGCUCUCAGAUUGGAUUCACCAUCAGCAAAUGUUUCAGUUUUUGCUUGAUGGCCAGGAUUUAUUAAAGCAGGAUGCUACGAAUAUUUUUUUGAAUAGUCCUAGUUUCGGCAUACAUAGGACACCGUCAAGAAGCACACGGUAUUCUAUUACCCCUGAUGUUAUUGAAUACGAUUUGAAAUAUGGAAGCGGUCCAGUAAGUAGUCCAUCAAGGAAGACUGAAUCAAAGAUAGUAAACGGAGGUACUUUAACAAAAUUGGGUUCUGGUGGACUAUUUUCAGGAAUGGUGUUUUGUCUUACGUUUGGCAAGAGUAUUGACAAGGACAAGAAAGAUAAAAUUAGGACAGCAAUUGAAAAUAAUGGGGGCUCAUUACUUGAUGAAGGACUUCACGAUAUUCUACAGUAUUGCAAAAAUGAAAAUGGCUCAUUGAAGCUCGAAUCCCCGGUAUUGUCAGAAUUUUCUUUUGGGGCAGUUAUUUCAAAUACAUUUUGUCGUAGCGCAAAGUAUUUACAAGCGCUUGCUUUAGGUUGGCCAAUAUUGUCGGAUUAUUAUAUCUUUGAUUGCCUCAAAGACAAUAAACGAUUAACUAAGUGGCCAGUAUAUUUAUUGCCUGCGGGCCAAUCAAAAUUCUUGAGUAGUAUUAAGAGCUUAGAGAUUUUUAAAUUUAGAGAAAAUUAUGAAAGCAAUAAAGAAUUAUCUCAACAAUUGAAAAAUAACAAUCACCUAUUGCAAGAUGUCUUUAUUAUUGUUGUAAAUAAUAAAGCAAAUAUUAAGACUUUACAAACCUGCGAGUUUAUAUUUUAUGCAUUUGGAGCGAAAUCCUUAAAGCACUGUUCGUCUGUCAGCGAGAUAGCCAACGUAAUUGAACAAUGUGGGGAUACUUCGAUAUUAGUAUAUGAUAAUAAUGAGACGAUUAAGCAAGAUAUGAAAGUAUUAAAAUCUGAACUUACGGGAGGGACUCGUACUAGAUCUCAAUCACGGGCUAAUAAGAAGCAAAACUCAGAUAAACGAUUACUGAUAGCGACCACUAAAGAAAAGAAUAUAGGAUUUAUUAAUUGGGAAUGGGUAGUACAGUGUGUUAUUAGUGGAUAUAUUUGGGAUCCGGAAUAUAUAUAA